UCAGGAUGUCUGAAUCAAACAGUCCGGAAAAGCCUACUGAGGCUUCCGGCGCUAUCACAGAGUCUUCAUCUAGCAAAAAUAAUGUCCAAGAAGAUGGUGCCACGCAACCCCGCAGAGAAUUGUUCAUUAGAUCGCUUCCUGCCUCAGCAACGAAUGAGAGCCUCGCCGAACAUUUUUCGCAGUCCUACGUGAUUAAGCAUGCAGUUGUUGUCGUCGACCCAAAGACAAAGCAGUCUAAGGGGUACGGUUUUGUGACGUUCGCGGACGUGGAGGAUGCCAAGGCUGCGCUGGAAGAAUUGAACGGGUCGACAUUCGAAGGAAAGAAAAUCAAAGUCGAAUAUGCGCAGCCUCGGCACCGAGUUGUUGAUGAGACUGUUGGGAAGAGUGUACCAUCCGCUGAGGCACUGGAGCGCAAGAAACAGAGGGAGCAGCAAAAGGCCGAUACGCAGCCCCCAAAGCUGAUUGUACGAAAUCUGCCGUGGAGUAUCAAAACGCCCGAAGAUCUCGCGGCGCACUUCCGGAGCUUUGGAAAGGUCAAAUACGUUACUCUUCCGAAGAAGGGGAGUCAGUUGGCAGGCUUUGGAUUUGUUGUGCUACGAGGAAAGAAAAAUGCUGAAAAAGCUCUGGAGGCUGUGAACGGGAAAGAGGUUGAUGGGAGAACGCUAGCUGUGGAUUGGGCAGUGGAGAAGGAAGUGUGGGAGAAUUUGCAGAAGGAAGAAGAGCAUGCAGAACCAGAUGUGAAGGAGGAGUCGAGCGAUGUGGAUAUGGAAGACGGAGGGGUUGGGUUGGAUAAUGGGGAGCUUGAUGAGGAUAUGAGUGAGGACGAUGAUGAGGAAGAUGACGAAGUUAGCGAUGAAGAAGAUGAAGACGAAGAUGAGGAAGAAGAAGAAGAGGAGGAAGAGGAAGAAAAAGAGGACGAGAGAAAUGCCUCAACCAUAUUUAUCCGCAACCUACCAUUCACAUGCGAUGAUGAGUCUCUCUACGACCACUUCACCCAAUUCGGACCGCUCCGCUACGCCCGCAUCGUCGUUGAUCCAGAAACCGAACGUCCCCGCGGUACCGGCUUCGUCUGCUUCUGGAAGCCCGAGCAUGCGCAGGCCUGUGUCCAGGGCGCCCCUAAACAGCAAGACCCUCUCGCCGCAGAAAAGGAAAAAGGCAAAAAGGGCACGAUCAUCAAGCAAUCCGUCCUGCAGAAUGAGAAUGCCGAUCCAACGGGCCGAUACACUCUCGACGGCCGUGUUCUCCAGAUCAGCCGGGCCGUGAGCAAGUCCCGUGCCACACAGCUCCGCGAAGAAGGUGUCUCGAAGCGACUCGUCCGCGACACCGACAAGCGCCGACUCUACCUUCUCAAUGAAGGAACGAUCUCACCUAACUCUACUCUCUACAAGAGCCUUUCGCCUUCGGAAAUCAAGAUGCGCGAAGACAGUUUCAAGCAGCGACAGAACUUUAUCCGCAAGAACCCCUCCCUUCACUUCAGUCUCACCCGUCUAUCCAUCCGUAACAUACCCCGCCACGUCACAUCAAAAGACCUCAAGCAGUUAGCUAGGGAAGCAAUCGUCGGCUUUGCCAAGGACGUCAAGGAAGGUAUACGCCAACCACUCUCGAGAGAAGAAAUGGACCGCGCGUCCGAAGAGAUGAGAGAGGCAGAGAAGCUGCGGAAGAAGAAAGGUGUCGGUGUUGUCCGUCAGGCAAAGAUCGUCUUUGAAGGCCGUGAUGGAAGCAAAGUUAGCGAGGACAGUGGCGCGGGUCGGAGCCGAGGUUAUGGGUUCAUUGAGUACUAUACGCAUCGACAUGCGCUUAUGGGUCUUCGGUGGCUGAAUGGACAUGCUAUCAGUCCGCCGAAGAAUGUGUCCGAGGAGUUGAAGGAUAAGAAGAAGAGGUUGAUUGUUGAGUUCGCUAUUGAGAAUGCGCAGGUAGUCAAGCGGAGACUCGAGCAGCAGGAGCGGGUGCGCAACAGGAAGAAGGACCAAAAGGAUGAUGAAGGGUCUCCUCGAAAGAGGGACACAAAGAAGAACGACAAGAAGAACGAAAAGAACGGGCGCGAUUCAGAUUCCAAGGGGAAGAAGAGGAAGCGCUCGGAGAGCAACGACGGAGGUCAGGAUACAGAAGAGCAAAACAAGAUUGCCAAACGCAAUCGGAUUAUCGCGAAAAAGAGGAUGCAGCGGAAGUCCCGCAAGUGAAUCCUAGUCCAUCCCUUCUUCUUAUCGAGUCCGGCACGCACAAUUGCAUAUAGAAAAUGAGCACCUGUUGAAUUAUUGCUGAGGGAACUUACAUCUAGCUAGCUCCUUUA